AUGGAGUGUGGGAAAAGCAAAGCUGUGGUUUCGCUGACCAACGACGACGUCACGGCGUCAAUCAUGCAUGUCGCCAACUGCCCCUACUGUCGUCCGUACUGUUACCGAAACCAUCUCAUUAACAUAAUUCGAGUAAGCACCAUUGGCGCCGUCGCCGGUGACAAUCCACCGAAGCUUGUCCGGGCGCCCUGUUUGAUUUUUCGGACCGACCGGGAGCUGACAAGACGAACGUUCGAUGACUCGCAUUUUGCGAUUCACGAAAACAAGAGGUUUUUUGUGCCUGAAGCGGCGCCGCAUGCGGAGGACGUCAACUACAGUACCGACUACACACGACAUGAGUUGAUGCGCCUUAGGGCGAGGCAAGAGAGGUUGGCGAUGUUGGAACGAUUAGCGAGUUUGACGAAGAUUCAGCUAUGCCAAGCUAAAUGGCAGCGCAGCACCUGCACCGUGAGGAUGCUAAGCUCAACGGUAGGUCGGAUCGAACAGCGCCAUGUUCGAAACACCGACGAAGAUAUCCUGAACCACAGUUCGUUUACCAAACAAUGGUAA